AUGGCCCCCCUUACACCCCUAUAUCUCUCCACCUAUCUCAUCCUGCUAUCUGCCCUUUCCACACCCACCACCCUCCGGCAGUUUCAAGUAGGGGAGACCUACAAUGAGGUUAACAAGAUCAUAGGAACUGGGAAUUGCUCCCUUGAUGGGUGCUGGUUGGCCGUCAUCAUCCCACUCGCCCCUGCCUCCGUGACACCUUGCUCCUACCAUGCUCAAAGAUGUCCCUAUGUCUGUUUCCCCUUUGACAACUCUAGGAGCUGCCUCAAAUGGGUCGAUUACUAUGGAGGGUGCCUCUUCUGGUCAUGUAAUAUUCAUGGGGUCUUCAAUAUUUACAACCAAUAUAAUAGUUCAUACCCGCCCAGGAAACAGUAUUUCUCUGGCCUAGGUUCCGUCAAGUUCACCAUCUAUGACCCAUGGAACAACAGAUGGGCCACUGAGGUCACCAGGAAACUAUACUAUAACACGUCUUCCUCCUCCCCCAAAGCUAAUAUUUUUAUCUCCCGACAGCUAGUUCCCGUCCCCAAAGCUGCCCAAACCCAGAAUAAGAUAGCCCAACAAGAACAAGCCUCUCUUGCUCUUGCCUCACCACCCAGUCUUGACCUCUCGUCUUGGCCUGUUUAUCUACGCUACCCUAUCUCCCUCUUGAACCAAUCCUCCAUCCUUCCCAAUACUUCUGGCUGCUUCCUGUGCACUUCCCUCAACAGACCCUUCCUCACAGCCACAACACUGAACUACAAGCCAUCAGAUCUUGCUAGUUUGCCUAACUCCUCCUCCUCUGCUGAACUGCCCCCUCUCACUUCAGUCCCUCUAUAUACCAAGUCUCUCAUUCCACAGCUCACCUUAUAUGGACAGGGCAAGUUCCAGUGGCUCAUCUCUCCCACCAGGAUAAAAAGAGCAGUAUUCCUUCCUCUGGUCAUCGGCAUCAGACUGACCACCUCUAUUGGACUUGCCGGUGGUGCCCUCGGCCAUUCCCUCCAUACCGCUGGCUUCCUGGAAGAACAACUUCAGCAGUCCCUAGACUUCACAGCCGAGUCCUUACAGCAACAGAUUACCUCCCUUGUGAAGGUGAUCCUUCAGAACCGACAUGCCCUAGAUCUUCUGACAGCGGGAAAAGGAGGCAUCUGCCUGGCCCUGCAAGAAGAGUGA